AGAAACGCAAAUCUAACUCCAUUUCAUACGAGGGUUUUGAGCAGGGUUUACAAAAUCCAAAAUCCCCCCAAAAUCAUUUUUGCCUCUGCAUUCAACUUCAAACUCAUUCAUUCAAUUUCCGGAGAAUCAAAACCAUGUGGUAUCUCUGCGUUUUCUUUCACAGAUAUUUGGAUUACAGAAAACCCGAAGUUGAAUCUUUAGCAGAACUAUUUGGAGCUUUUGAAAACCACCAAAACGACGACGUUGGUCCCAAAUUGCAAUGGAAACUCCCUCAACAUCACCACCCUGAUUCUCCUUUCCAUUUGGUUAAUCUCCCUUCUGAACAAAUUGCUCGUAACAUUGCCAGCCGAAGUAUACUUGUGAAGGGAAUGUAUGAGGUAUGGGGUGACGGGGGUAACUAUGAGGAGUUGAAGGAUUCUAUAAUGAGUUAUCCAGAUGAGAGAAAAUUGCCAUACUUGGAUUCAAACAGCACUUUCAGGAUUACUGUUGAUACCUUUGGGAGGGUUAUUAGUCAACAGGAGCAAAAGGAACUUAUUCAAGGGUUUUCUUAUAUUCCUUUCAAGGGAAAGGUAAAUUUGAGAAACCCAGAUCACAAUUUCUGGCUAAUAGAAAUUGAUAACUCUGAAGGUAGUAAUGGUCUUCCUCGAGUUGCCCAAAAGACAAUCUUUUUUGGUCGUGAAGUUGGUGGUUCUGAUAGGAAGCUUAUACCUACAUAUGAGUUGAAAAGCCGUAAUUAUCUUGGGCCAACAGCCAUGGAUGCUGAGAUAGCUUUUCUAAUGGCCAACCAAGCACUAGCUACUCCUGGGAAACUAGUAUAUGACCCUUUUGUUGGAACUGGAAGUAUUCUUGUUGCAGCAGCUCAUUAUGGAGCAAUGACCAUGGGUGCUGACAUUGACAUUAGGGUAGUACGUGAUGGACGUGGUCCUGACUGUAAUGUUUGGAGUAACUUUAAGCAGUAUGGAUUGACAAUGCCACUUGGUCUUUUAAGGGCUGAUAACAACCUUCCUCCAUGGCGUCCAGGACUGAAAGAGAUGUUUGAUGCCAUAAUAUGUGACCCUCCUUAUGGAGUACGAGCCGGGGGACGCAAAUCUGGUGGUAGGAAGCUACUAAAAGGAGCCGUGGAACCUUACAUUGUUCCUGACGACAAACGGACCGAUCAUAUACCAUCAACUGCACCUUACAGUUUAGUCGAGUGUGUGCAUGACUUACUUGAUCUUGCUGCCAGGAUGCUUGUAAUAGGAGGAAGACUUGUGUUUUUCUAUCCUUUUUUAAGAGAAGAAGAAUCUCCACACAAUCAUUUCCCGGAGCACCCGUGUUUCAAACUGAUUUCUUCUUCUGAACAGAUCCUUAGUUCACGAUAUUGCAGGAUAUUACUGACAAUGGUUAAGAUCGGUCCUUACACAGAGGAAGUAAAUUUGGCAGCUCGGUUAAAACACCUUGAGUUUAGAGAAAACCAUGUGAAGUGGCUAGAAGAAGGUAAUCUUCAUUCUGCGGUUUUCAGUCCCGCGGACACUCAUUUAACAGAGGCUGGCGAUUAUAAGAAUAAGGAUCAAAAGCCUAAAUACCGAGGAAAAUACGUUUAGACUUCACGGGUUAGAUGCUUCUGUCCCUUAACCAUUACUGUAGACAGACACCGUAAGAUAUGUCCAAGAUGAAAAUUUUUCACUAUAGGGAAAUCAGUGUAGUGUACCCAUAUGCCUCAUUUUUCAAUUUAGUAAUGUUUUAUUUAAUUUGGUUGAUGUGUUUUUGUCUUUUUUAUAUAAAUUGAUGGGGUUGAUACAUUC